AGAUAUUUUAUUGAGAGCAAUGCGUAGAUCAGUUAGAUACUUGAAUAGAGUACCCCGAUCACUGCGUCGAGCUCUGCAUGUUGAGGAUAUUGUGCGGGGAUACUGUGCCGAGGCCGCAUCCCAUAGAGAAAGUCCACAAGUUGUCGCCGAGCGUGACUAUAAGUACAAGGAAGGCCAGUUCUACCAUGGAUUCCAGUGUGAGCGAGUCGAGUAUAUUCCAGACUUUGAGCUGACAUCCCACACGCUGCGGCAUAAGGAGUCGGGCCUGGAGCUGUGGUACAUCGAUCGCAACGAUACAAAUAAUGUAUUCUCGAUCAAUUUUCGGACUCCGCCCGAGGAUUCAACGGGCGCGGCGCAUGUCCUGGAGCACCUGGCCUUGAAUGGCUCCGCCAAGUACUCAAUUCGUGAUCCAUUCUUCAAAAUGCUGAAUCGUUCUGUCGCCACCAAUAUGAAUGCGCUGACUGCGCCAGACCAAACCGUCUACAUCUUCUCCUCCAGAAAUGAGACAGACUUCAGAAAUAUUCAACGUAUUUAUUUGGACUCUGUGUUCAGGCCAAAUCUACUUUACUUGGACUUCCUCCAGGAGGGCUGGCGCCUUGAGCACAGCCAUGUGCAUGAUCGGCAAUCGGAGAUUAUUAUCAAAGGCAUCGUCUACAACGAAAUGAUUGGCAUAUUUUCAGAGAAUAGCCGAUUGUUUAGAAAAGGUCUGAUGAGCAACUUGUUGCCAGAACUCGCCUACAAGUACACAGCCGGCGGAGAUCCUCUGGAAAUACCCAAUUUAACGCAUUCCAGAUUGGUUCAAUACCAUCAAAAGUAUUAUCAUCCGAGCAAUGGGCGUAUUUUUUGUUACGGCUCCUUCGACCUGAUGGAAACUCUGGAGUUCCUCAAUGAGGAAUAUCUAUGUGACUAUGAUGCUAUCGACACGUCCUACAGUUAUAUACCGCUCCAUCCGCGUUGGUCCUUCCCCCGUAACGUCCACUUGCCAUGCCGUCUGGUUAACAUGGGCGUAUCCAAGGAGAAGCAAAGUCAAAUUGGCUGUGCGCUGUUGAUGUGCGAUAGGACCGCCGUGCAGGAGGUGUUCGAGCUGAAUGUCCUGACGGAGCUAUUGAUUCGUGGCCCAAACUCAGCCUUCUACAAGGGCCUGGUUGAUCCAAACUUCUCCGGAGGCUUCAAUCGGCAUACGGGCUACUACUUCACCAGUCGAGAUACGUACUUUGCUGUGGGCCUGCAGGAUGUACGCAUCGCAGACUUUGACAGAUUCCACGAGCUGUUCCAGCAGACGAUUCACAAGACAAUUAUCGAAGGCUUCGAUCCCAUGCAUGUGGAGAGUGUUCUGCAUAAUCUGGAACUGAAUGUGAGGCAUCGUAGGGCAGACGAUGGUAACAAUAUCCUAUUCAAUUCGAUGGCAUUGUGGAAUCAUGGCGGUGAUGUCUUUGCCAAUCUGAGAAUAUUGGAAAUGAUGGGCCGGCUGCGUGUCAGACUAAGGGAUAAUAAAAACUAUUUACAGCAAAAAGUGGAAAAAUAUUUCCUCGCCAACUCGCACAAGCUCACGUUGACCAUGUCGCCGGAUGAAUCGUAUAGUGAGAAUUUCCGAAAAGCUGAAAGGAAGUUGAUAUACCAAAAAAUCAAUGAGCUUAGCCCAGAGAAAUUGGGUAAAAUAUAUCAGAAUGGUCUUCAAUUGGAAGCGGCUCAAAAAGCUAAGGAAAAUACGAACAUUUUGCCCUGCCUUUCGCUGGACGACGUUGAGGAACCAAUGGGAAAUCCCCAGCUAACGGAGCGACUCAUUGAGAGCGUGCCCACCCAACUGUGCCAGGUGCCCACCAAUGAUAUCACCUACCUGAACUGCCUUUUCAAUAUCACGGCCCUGAGUCACGAAGAUGCUAUGCUCGUGCCUCUCUUCUGCAGUGUAUUCAAGAAUAUGGGCACCAGCAAGCACGACUUUCGGGAAUUCGACAAAAUGAUUCUAUCGAAAACGGCGAACUUUGACUUUAAGCUGAAAGUUGUGGAAAAUGUUAAGGACGGCAAGUCCUAUAAAAUGGGUUUGCUGAUGACGACCUAUGCCCUGGACAAGAAUGUGAAGGACAUGUUUGCUCUAUGCGAGGAGCUGCUUCUCGACUUCGAGCUAAACGAUACGGAUCGCCUGAAGAUGCUCAUUGAAAACUACAUAUCCAAGCUAUCCGUAGGCAUUGCAGUUUCUGGGCAUACAUAUGCCAUGCUGUGCUCCGCUGCCCUAGUCAGUGAUGCGGGCAAACUGAAGUCCCAUUUACUGGGCAUUGACCACAUCGACUUCAUGAAAAGGUAUACUCAACAGAAUAGUACGGAGGAGAUCCGUGACAGAUUAAAGGCUAUUGGAGCGAAGGUGUUCAGCAAGAGCAACAUGCGAGUGGCUAUAAAUACUUCGGAGGCUUUUCAACCAACUGCUCUGGAACAUUAUCGAACUUUUCUGAAAAAGCUACCAAAGCUCAAGAAUAUGAAUAAGAAGAGUCAGUUGAAAUUAUUCAAGCCGAGUUUUCACCAUUAUGCUAUGAAUUUCCCUGUUAACUACUGCGCCAAGUCAUUUUUCGCAGUGCCAUACUUGCAUGAAGAUCAUCCGGUGCUGCGCGUGCUGGCCAAACUCGUUUCGGCCAAGUAUCUGCUGCCUGUGGUGCGGGAGCAGAAUGGAGCUUAUGGUACGGGCGCGAGAAUUGGCUAUGAUGGGCUGUUCCACUUCUACAGCUAUCGUGAUCCGCACUCUACGAGGACUUUGGAUGUGUUCGACAAAACGUAUGAGUGGCUGACAGCCAUGAGCGAUAAGCUGGAUCACCAGAUGCUAUUCGAGGCCAAGCUGGGAGUGCUGCAGUUGCUCGACUGGCCAACAGCGCCUGGUGAAGUUGGCCUGGAUUACUUUAUUUUAAGAGUUUCGCAUGAGGAGUAUUGCAAGUAUCGUUCUCGCGUUCUAAGUGUAACUGCAGAUGAGGUACGCUCGGUAGUUGAUAAGUACUUUAAAAAAGAGCCGCGUCAUGUUGGUAAAUGUAUUUUAGGCCCAAAAAGCGAAAGAUUAGCUUUAAAAUUGCAGAACGCAUGAAGUGAACAUUGUGUAAUUCUAAGCAUGUGUAUUUAAUU